GCGGGGGGUGCCUGUGCGGAAUCGUGCAGGUUUAGUAUUUUUUUAUAAUUAUUUCAUCUUUUUUUGGGAGGGGGAACGGGGGGUCAUAUGACAGGACGAUGGGGAUAUGGCGAGGAGACGGGGAUAUGGAGGACAUGGACGAGGAGGACAACGAGGAUAGCGAGGACGAGGAGGAGGAGGAGUCGAGAUGGGGGAGGAGAAGAGAUGGACGGAGGGAAAGGAGGAAGGGCAGGAGGAGGAGGACGAACAGGAGGAGGAGGAGGAGGAGGAGGAGACGAAAAGGAGAAGGGAGGAGGAGACAUGGAGGAUGAGAAAGGGGAGGAGGAGCAAGGUGUCAUCAACCUAAAAGCUUUCCUUCAAGAAUUAAAGCGAUUCUGACAUCCACCGUGUGUGUAGUCACCGUGUACACAUACCUCCACAGAAAAUCAAAAGAACUGCUUGCUGUGUGACCUUCUGCAGCAGGGGGGGAACUCCUCUUUCUUCUGUCUUCCCCAGCUGUCAUCAACCUAAACACUUUCCUUCAGCGAAUGAAAAGAGUCGUGCUCGAAAGAAUUACAGCGCUUCUAACAUCCGCCAAUGCGCGUAGUCGCCGUGUACACAUGACAUCCACAGAAAAUCAACAGAACUGCUUGUCUUCGGAACUUCUGGAGCAGGGGUUACAGGGCUCAGAUACUUGAUAUAUCUGACAGACAGUGCUGCAGAAAGCCAAAGCCAUUUCUGACACCCCAUUUCGCACACAAACCAAGCCUUGGGCCUGGUACUUCAGACGCCAGGAAAAGUACACACAACUGAAAGAAACAACAGAAAUGAAAAAAUAUAGUAACCAUUGACUGACCUGCAUCACAGUGCACAAGCACAAGAAUAACCCCUCGCAAUAUUGUGCAACUGCAUAAAUGAGCCAUGGAAGUGCUCUUUUGAAAAUGGUGCCCAUUCCAGCUUCUGCUGAUCCUUUCGCUGAAGGUAUUGAAUCUAUCGACGGCAAAGAGCCAUCCACAUGAUGGAAAACAUACACACUUGGAAACAACAACAAAAAAAAAAAACGUUGGCACCCGUCGUCGUAAGGUCCCCCAGCAGUUCAUCUGCCCCAUGGAUCAUUGGACUCCUACUGCUCGCUAACGCUCAAAGACAACAAUGAUGGGUGCGGUUCAUGACUCUUCAGCACCCCCUUUCUCCCUCCCCCCCCACUAGUUCUUGCACUGCUCAUGAAUCGCUUGAGUUUCUAUCUAGUGUGUGCAUGCCGAAAGAAUGGAAGAACCCACACCGGAUAAAGGCUUGAAAGCGUG